ACCAACCGCACACAUGCGAUCUACUCCAACAGUCUAUUUGUCUACCCUGUUAUCAAGGGGUCCUUUAACCUUCCUGUGAGCAUCCCCUUCUCCUGUGCGUAUCCCCUGGAAACAGACACCAGCCUGAAUGUGGCUAUCAGACCAUUCCUGCCGUCGUCAUGGGACAUUUUAGGAUCUGGUUCUGGUGCCGAACCCUGUGCCGUCAUGUCUCUUUUCCGUAACUCCGCCUUCACUGAGACUUUCCCAGCUGGAGGGGUCAACCUGCCACUGGGUUCACCUUUGUAUGUGGGUGUCUCUGUAACAGAAAGAGAGCUCAGAUUUGUUGUUGUUCUGGAGGAAUGUUACGCCUCUCACUCAUCCGAUCCUCACUAUUACCAGCGAUACUCUCUCAUCCAGAACAAGUGUUCGACCGAUGCCCGACAGGUGUCUGUGAUUGAGAGCGGCAUGUCUUUGUGUGCUCGUUUCUCUGCCCUGCUCUUUCUGCUGGAGGACGAUUAUAGAGCCAUUUAUCUUCACUGCAACAUAAGCCUGUGUGACCGAGAGAGAUUUCACUGUGUCCCAUCCUGUCAAAGGAGGAAAUAUCGCUCUGUUUCCAGCUCUGUUGCUAUGGACUGCGUCACCAUUGGACCAAUUGCUUGGGACAAGUCAACUAAGUGAGCUGGUUACACCAACACAUCCCAUAAUGUCAUAUCAUGAAGACGUUUCUCUUAUGCACAAGACAUGAAACUAUUUUAAAAACUGGUUUAACCUUUUAUAAUCAAACUUUUCACACUCACACACAGUCUGCUCUGAUUCUUCUGUCCUUUGUAAUGAUUGUGUAACAAAUCAACAAUAACAAAGAAAUAAUAAAAUGUAUUAAAAAAACAUGUUACCAAA